CAGCCAAUCCGCUGCCGCCGGCGUCGGGUGCGCUCGGCCUCACCCGCGGCCCUCCUUCCCGGCGCCCGCCCGCCGCUCGCUCACUCCGCCGCCGCCGCCGCCGCAGCUACAGCACCUCCGUUGCUGACUCGAUUUGCCUGUUCUGGACAUUUGGAAUAAACAGAAUCAGCAAUACACGACCUCUGUGUGGCUUCUUCCAUUCAGCAUCACGUCUUCAGGGCCAUCCGUGCUGCGGCAGGUGUGAGAGGUCCACCACUUGUCACUGCUGAAUACCAUUCCACGGUGACCCCGGAAGAUGGCAGAAGCUCACCAAGCUGUGGCCUUCCAGUUCACGGUCACUCCAGACGGGAUUGACCUACGGCUGAGCCAUGAAGCCCUUAAACAGAUCUAUCUUUCUGGACUUCACUCCUGGAAAAAGAAGUUCAUCAGAUUCAAGAAUGGCAUCAUCACUGGCGUGUACCCGGCGAGCCCCUCCAGUUGGCUUAUCGUGGUGGUGGGCGUGAUGACGACGAUGUAUGCCAAGAUCGACCCCUCAUUAGGAAUAAUUGCAAAAAUCAAUCGGACCCUGGAAAGGACCGACUGCAUGUCCAGCCAGACGAAGAACGUGGUCAGCGGCGUGCUGUUCGGCACCGGGCUGUGGGUGGCCCUCAUCGUCACCAUGCGCUUCUCCCUGAAAGUGCUGCUCUCAUACCACGGGUGGAUGUUCGCUGAGCAUGGCAAGAUGAGUCGCGCCACCAAGAUCUGGAUGGGUAUGGUCAAGCUCUUUUCAGGCCGAAAGCCCAUGCUGUACAGCUUCCAGACGUCGCUGCCUCGCCUGCCGGUCCCGGCUGUCAAAGACACUGUGAACAGGUAUCUAGAAUCUGUGAGGCCUCUCAUGAAGGAAGAGGACUUCAAACGGAUGACGGCACUUGCUCAAGAUUUUGCUGUCAGUCUUGGACCAAGAUUACAGUGGUAUCUGAAGUUGAAAUCCUGGUGGGCUACAAAUUACGUGAGCGACUGGUGGGAGGAGUACAUCUACCUCCGGGGACGAGGGCCGCUCAUGGUGAACAGCAACUACUACGCCAUGGAUCUGCUGUAUGUUAUUCCAACUCACAUUCAGGCAGCAAGAGCGGGCAACGCCAUCCACGCCAUCCUGCUGUACAGGCGCAAACUGGACCGGGAGGAAAUCAAACCAAUUCGUCUUCUGGGAUCCACCAUUCCACUCUGCUCGGCUCAGUGGGAGCGGAUGUUUAAUACUUCCCGGAUCCCAGGAGAGGAGACAGACACCAUCCAGCACAUGAGAGACAGCAAGCACAUCGUUGUGUACCAUCGAGGGCGCUACUUCAAGGUCUGGCUCUAUCAUGACGGGCGGCUGCUGAAGCCCCGGGAGAUGGAGCAGCAGAUGCAGAGGAUUUUGGACGACCCCUCAGAGCCUCAGCCCGGGGAGGCCAGGCUGGCGGCCCUCACCGCAGGAGACAGAGUUCCCUGGGCCAGGUGUCGCCAGGCCUAUUUUGGGCGUGGGAAAAAUAAGCAGUCUCUUGAUGCCGUGGAGAAAGCAGCGUUCUUCGUGACAUUAGAUGAAACUGAGCAAGGAUACAGAAGGGAAGACCCAGAUACGUCAAUGGACAGCUAUGCCAAGUCUCUACUGCAUGGCCGGUGUUACGACAGGUGGUUUGACAAGUCCAUCACGUUUGUUGUCUUCAAAAACGGGAAGAUGGGCAUGAACGCAGAGCACUCCUGGGCAGACGCACCAAUCGUGGCUCACCUUUGGGAGUACGUCCUGUCCACUGACAGCCUCCAGAUGGGCUAUGCGGAGGACGGGCACUGCAAAGGCGACACCAAUCCGAACAUUCCGUACCCCACCAGGCUGCAGUGGGACAUCCCAGGGGAAUGUCAAGAGGUGAUCGAGACCUCCCUGAACACCGCAAAUCUUCUGGCAAACGAUGUGGAUUUCCAUUCCUUCCCAUUUGAAGCCUUUGGUAAAGGAAUCAUCAAGAAAUGUCGCACCAGCCCGGACGGCUUUGUGCAGCUGGCCCUCCAGCUGGCGCACUACAAGGACAUGGGCAAGUUCUGCCUCACAUACGAAGCCUCCAUGACCCGGCUCUUCCGAGAGGGGAGGACGGAGACAGUGCGCUCCUGCACCACUGAGUCGUGUGACUUCGUGCGGGCCAUGGUGGACCCGGCUCAGACGGUGGAACAGAGGCUGAAAUUGUUCAAGUUGGCAUCUGAGAAGCAUCAGCUGAUGUAUCGCCUCGCCAUGACUGGCUCUGGGAUCGAUCGUCACCUCUUCUGCCUCUACGUGGUGUCUAAAUAUCUCGCUGUGGAGUCCCCUUUCCUCAAGGAAGUUUUAUCUGAGCCUUGGAGAUUAUCAACAAGCCAGACCCCUCAGCAGCAAGUGGAGCUGUUUGACUUGGAGAGGAACCCGGAGUACGUGUCUAGCGGAGGGGGCUUUGGACCGGUUGCUGACGACGGCUAUGGUGUGUCAUACAUCCUCGUGGGAGAGCACCUCAUCAAUUUCCACAUUUCCUCCAAGUUCUCUUGCCCUGAGACGGAUUCUCAUCGCUUUGGAAAGCACCUGAGAGAAGCAAUGAUUGACAUCAUCACUUUGUUCGGGCUAAGUUCUAAUUCCAAAAAGUAAUUCCCCUGGAGCUGCGGUGAAGGAAGACGAGCUCCUCUGAUACAAACCAAAUGAAAAGUAGGCAUUAAUCCUGAUCUUAGUUCGGGAUGAAAAAUUGCUCUUAAGAAAACUCAGAAGCUUUCCUUCCAGAAAA